CUUUCUCUUUCAACUUACUCUCUCUUCUCUUUCAAAAUUUCCUCUUUCCUUCACUGCUUCCAAACUCCUUUACCCGAAUAACAUUAUUAACUAUUGAACCCUAUUAACCAUCACCUCAUUAAUUCACCCUACUAUCUUUUUACUUCUUUUUCAUUUCAUUACUUCGUUCAGUUUAAUUCCACACCUCAUCUUUUCUUUAUCCCUCUCUUUCCCUUAAAAUUCUUGUCUUUAUACCUUACACCACAGCCCUCUGCUUUUUGUCUUUGACCUUUUCCAAGAAAACUUUUACCUCUCCAACUAACAUCCAUUCACUUGAUUUCAGUUCUCACAUUCAGAUCCAUUAUCAUUACAAUUAAAUUAUAUCUAUAUUCUUUUUCUUACUUUGGUUUUAUUUUAUUCAGUACACUUUCAAUAUUAUUUUCAUUUUAAUUUCAUUUUUGUAUCAACUGGACUUAACAGCUAUAAUCAUACAUUACUUUAUCUCUAAUUUCCCAUACCAACACUUUGUCACAAGAAUUCUCUCAAAACUUUUGAAAUAAAAUUAAAAAUAAACCAUCUCAUAAUAAUUACAAUUCUUUUUCAUUCACAUAUUACACACUUUUAAUUAUUUGACUGUAUCCUAACUCAAAUCCAUUAUUUACAAAAACUUGCAUUUUUAAAUAACAAUAUUUUCCUUUUACAUAUACAACCACCAAUACAAUAUAGACUAGAUUAAAUUGCCUACCAAUUUAUUCAUUUUGUACAAUAACUUUCCAACUAAUAUUGAUUUUUCUCUUUUCUCACCUUCAUCUAUUUUUAUCUUUUUAUCUUUAUUGACAGCAGCUUACUUUCUUUCUAUCAAUUUGAUCAAUCUAAUGUUAUGGUAUACAGUCAAUAUAAAUAAUCUUAUAUUCUAAAUUAAUUUUGUAUAUCACAAUUUCUUUUCAAUAACCAAUAGAUUUAAAAUGUUAGACAUUUUCAGAUAUUAAAAUCUUUAUCAUUUGUUGUGGGUCAUGACCUUUUGGUUAAUUAACAUUGAAAAUCGACUACCUUUUUCUCUACUGUCAAUGUCACUUCAAACAGUUCCUUAGACAUUAGUGUCACUUUAUAGUCAAAGUUGGCCUAAGAUGGUUGAUUGAGGUUUUGGUAGGGUUUCACCAUGUUCCCAUAGGCAAUAUCCUGUAACAUCGGCGUUUAGCCUGUUUAAUAUUAUUUUUAAAUAAUGUAAAUUGAAUUUUAAAUUCAACCAUUGUUUGGUUUUGGGGCUAUUUAGCAAGUAUGCACGGUUGCUUUUUUGGUUCGCCGUUUAGUUCCUGUUAUCAACAGCACCAAGAACAUUAUAAAUCGUCACAAGCACACGCAGGCUCAUUCCCAACGGAUUGGAGAGAGCCCUGGCAUCAAGAAGGUAGUAGCUGCGGUACAGAUGAUAGUGAAUCUUAUAAUACUGAAUCAGAAUUUCAACAGACAUCUCCAAACGGUUUAAAAUCGGAAGUAGUCCCUACAAACCUUAAUCACAAUAGCAAGCUAUCGAACUACAAUUCUUCAUAUAAUUCUAGUACAAAUUUGGAUGGUAUAUACACAAACGGAUAUCAUAAUACAGGUUGUUUUUAUUCAAAUUCUUUAUAUGGUAAAAUUUCCACAUCUACGGUUCGAAUAGACCCUGCCAUAACCACAUUGACUGUCACGCCAACUUCAGAGAAUCAUAUACCUAUUAAGCAAGAACCAGCUGACAAAGAAUAUAAAGAAUAUAACGAAAAAUCACAGGAAAAACAAAAAGAAGUUUUAGAAUACAAGAACACCGCUAUUCCAAAUUCAACUGGAAGAAGAGGAUCUUUGCAGCUAUGGCAAUUCCUGGUAGCUUUACUAGAUGCACCAGAUGCUAGCGCAGGUUGUAUCGCUUGGACGGGUCGAGGCAUGGAAUUUAAACUUAUUGAACCCGAAGAGGUAGCCAGGCGUUGGGGAGCACAAAAAAAUAGACCAGCCAUGAAUUAUGAUAAAUUAAGCAGGUCGUUGCGAUAUUAUUAUGAAAAAGGAAUAAUGCAAAAAGUAGCAGGUGAAAGGUACGUUUAUAAAUUUGUUUGCGACCCGGAAGCCUUAUUCAGUAUGGCAUAUGGAAGCAACUCAGAUGGCACCCUUAAGUUUCAAUCAGCAGUAAGAUCAGACACCUCAAACAUAAAAUCUGAAUCUCAGCACCAUCUUGCGUACUCAGAUAUGCUCAACUUCUACAACUGUGGUAUUGCACACUCUUAUCAACAUUUACAUCCAUACUUACAAGAAUCUAAACAUACUCGUUUUACAUAGGUAUUUACUUUAAUUGACAAAUAUGUACAAUUUAAUCAUAAUUUGUAUAGAAUAAGAUAAAAAAUGUC